AUGGAGGAGUCGGCAUUGGAGCGUUACUUUGAUGAAUCCAUUGCAAAUGACUCAGGCUUCUUGACAGGAGAGGAUGCGGACACUCAAGGCCCGCCUCUGCCGCGUUCCCCGAAAGCGAGCGGUGAGCUCACGGAUGAGCUGGACCUCAGCUUUCUUCCAGAUGAGUUGAGCGCCAGCACACCGGAUGCAGAAGGAGACAUCUGCGCAAGCAGCAAAGACCACGUUGGCGAGCAACCUUCCUCCUCAUUGUCGCAGUUGGCCAACAAUUCCUCUAGCUUCUGCCCCAUGACCCCUAUGCCCCCUAUGCCUCCCAUGGCCGCCAUGACCCCAAUGACCCCCAUGACACCCAUGACGGAAAGGUCAGGGAUCAUUCCUCAGCUGCAGAACAUUGUCUCCACGGUCACCCUUGGUUGUCCGCUGGACCUCAAGUUCAUCGCUCGUCAGGCCAGAAACGCAGAGUACAACCCCAAGCGCUUCGCCGCCGUCAUCAUGAGAAUCCGCGAACCCAGAACCACAGCGCUGAUCUUCAGCACGGGGAAGAUGGUGUGCACCGGAGCCAAGAGCGAGGAACAAUCCCGACUGGCAGCCAGGAAGUUUGCCCGCGUGGUACAGAAGCUGGGCUUCCCCGCACGCUUUCUGGAAUUCAAGAUUCAGAACAUGGUGGCUAGCUGUGACGUCUGUUUCCCCAUCAGGCUGGAGGGCCUCGUUCUCACACAUCAACAGUUCAGCAGUUACGAACCAGAGUUGUUUCCGGGCCUCGUCUACCGGAUGGUGAAACCUCGAAUGGUUCUACUCAUUUUUGUAUCGGGAAAGGUCGUUCUGACGGGUGCCAAAGAGCGAGGUGAGAUCGACGAAGCCUUCGAGAACAUCUACCCCAUCCUAAAAGACUUCCGGAAGCAGUGA